AUGAUAUUCGAACAUGAAGUUGACCAGGAAGAUAAUGCUUUAGAAGAUAGUGGUAAUGAAUAUGGUAUAAAUAAAAAUUAUUUUGGAACUGAGGAGCAGAAGACUAACUAUGUGAAAGAAAAUUUGAGAGAGUGGGCUACUUAUGACGGGAUCAUCUCAAAGAAAAAACUCGAUAAUUUAUUACUAAGAUUAAAUCCAUUUUUCCCAACUUUGCCAAAAACUUACAAGACACUGUUGAGUACACCCAAACAUCUCGAGAUAUUGGAACUUCCUGAUGGAUCAACGUUUUGGUAUAAAGGAAUUGUAAGAAAUUUAGAUGCAAUGUUGUUGGAUGAAUAUCUGGAAAAAUAUGGUAACAUUACUAUUGAUAUUAACAUGGAUGGACUGCCUAUAACAAAAAGUUCACGUAUCGAAUUUUGGCCACAAUUGGGCCGUCUUGUGUAUACAGAUAAUGAGCCAUUUUUAAUUGGUUUGUAUAUUGGUGAAUGGGAUCCAAUUGAUGUGCAUUCUUAUUUGCGUAAUUUUGUGAUUGAAGUUCAGUAUCUUUCAGCACAUGGAUAUAUGCGCAAUUGCAUGGGAUAUCCAUUUAUAUUAUACAAUUUUAUCUUAGAUGCUCGUGCACGGUCUCUUGUAAAAUGUUGUGUGAACCAUAACGGUUACGGUGCAUAUGAGAAAUGUAUUGUUAUUGAAGAAUAUCUCGAUGAUCGUAUGACUUUUUUGGAUCUGGAUGCCACAUUACGUACAGACGAAUCUUUUAAAAAUUAA